GUAAAAUGGAUUCCAAGUAUACAGCUCAUAAUCACCAUGUCAGGUACCUAGGUCAGACCGAAGUUACUCAGGCCAGCAAGCAGAAACAUGGUUCUUGAAGAUCAAUUCACCUAUUUAACUGACUUUGAAUCUUAGUGACGUUGUAGGCAAUGCAUCAUAGCUCAUUGUCACGACGAUUCGAUUCACGAUCUAAUUCACGAUCUAUACCAAAGCCUUCUACAUAGUAAUAGUAGCCGGUCUAUUUAAAUACUACCAAGUUCCCUCUACCUCUUUCCUUAUAAAGCAACCUUUUAUUUUGCCAAAAUAAAUUCAUCAAAUCUUAACAAUAAAGCCUCAGGGAAUAUAGCUAACUACUAGUAGUUAUUGCUAAUUACCUUGCAAUCAUGGAGUAUAGUAUCCACCUUGCUCUAGCAGACACAGCCAAGCAGCUUCGCCGUAGGAUGGGUGAGCCCGAGCCUAGAGAAUCCACGGCAUCUGUGCCGGGGGGUUUUUUGGGGGCAAGCAGUCAGAACGCAGGAUCAUCCUCUGCCGCCGAGCGCGGAACUCAGGGUUUGAGAUUCGACAAUCUACCAUACGAUGUAAAGGCUUCUAUAUUCGAUGUGGUCGGCUCAUCGCCUAGUUGGGCCUAUUUCAGGUUCAGGAAAGGCAGCCUGGCUGAAUGUUGGGGCGGUGAUCAGGCGCUCUACGUCAACAAAGAAUGGAAUGGAUCCCACCAGCUACGACAAGGCUUGAACACUAUCAGCCCGUCAAUCAGCCGACCAAUCGGUAUAGAAACCCUUACCGAAGGUAUCCUCCGUCUCUUUUUAGGGGACGAGCAUGGAACUGGAAAAUCUCACAAACAUUCCCAAUCUAUUACGGUGAGGAAGCAUCUGGACUGGUUCCUUUAUGAUGGUUGUGUGAACCAGAUGGCUAGUAGGGAACCAUGGUCUAUACCCUCCUACCUCAGUGGCGUUCGAUUCUGUGCCUUCAAGCUCGAUGAUGUGUUUGACAGUACGAUGGCCAAUGAAAACUGGGAUCCACCCCCUAAUUUUAUAUGGCCUCGGUCUUCACGCAUCGAAGAACUUAUAAUCGUUGUGGGGAGAUUCCGAAGAGAGGUCCCCCCGUCAAGAAUGAGGGUUAUUAAGGCUUUCCAAACUGACACACGGAGCAUCAGCUCUGCAAUGAAUCUAGCCUAUGACAGAAUGCUCGAGGAUAAUCCAGACUGGAAAAAGUAUCUCGCCAAUUCCGAGAAGCACAUGAUUGGAGAUAUUACUGAACGCUGGACCUAUGCAUUGUUUAAUAAGUACCAGCGCAGGCAGCAGUGGUUGGAAGGUUACGACGGCCAGCGAUGGCUUGCCUACCCGGUACACGAUGAGCAAAAUGAACUUUCCGUUUGGCUAGCAAGUGCCGAAGGAUAUGACUGGCUUGGAUAUGACUGGAGUGAUGAAAAGAGGCCGGGGUUCCUGUUCCUAGCAUCGAAAUCUUGCUGGUGGUGGCUGGCGUCGGAGUAUGGUUUCCCAUGGCUAGAGACCAGACAAGGGAUAGUCUGGCUCAAUAGUAGAAAUGGGCGAAAGUUCCUCGCCAGUCGACAGGCUUUGCUCUGGGCAAACACGGGUACAUACACUCCGUCGCACUUCACGCCUCUCGGAACGCAAGUCCGGAAAGCGUGGUUCAGCACCCCCACGGGAAGAGAGUGGGCAUUCUACAAUUGCCCUAACGGGAACCCACCGACACCUCCAGAACCUUAUAAGAGAGAGUCUACCCCGCCUCCAGAGGUGGAAUUCCCAGCUUUCUUUACGAAUCGACGCUUUCGCCAAUGGAAAUUCGUUAUCUGCCCGGAAGAGAUCACCGAGAGGGCAGCACGUCAUCGUCGUUAAAGACGAAAAGAAGGGCUAUGAUGGGAGUAGUUAGAGCCAGUUAUACUUUAGUUGACCA